GAUGCGAUAUUCAGUUUCCUGACGCGCGUUGUUGUUGUGAUACGUCCCCUAGGUGACACAUAGCGCGUGGAACGUCGAGGUGUUCCCAAAAAUCUGCGUUCGGGGGUUUGACGAUUUGGUUCCUCGUGCGUGAAAUCGAAAAGAUGGAUCCUUUUGAUACUUACGACAGGAGCGAUUUGCCGGAGGUGUACCCGUCGUUCACCAAUCUUAACGAUGACGACGAUCACUUUUUACUGGACAUGGACUCUCUGGUGACAAGAAAAAGCAAUGCCCUAACGACACGCAGUUACGAACAACCACGGAAAAAGUGUAACUUCGGUGAAGAGAUGAACGAGGUCGACGGUACCGGAUGGUCGGACAAACCUAUCAGGAACUGGUGUCAAGAGGAGACAAUAAAUUGGCUGAUGUCCGCGGCGUCUUAUAUCGGGCAACCGUACAGUCAUAUACAGCACAGUCUCGCGGUGCCAGGCAACGAGUUGGUCACCUUCACGAGAAACGAUUUUAUCAAUCACGAUCCCAUGUACGGAGAUCGACUCUAUGACCUACUCCACUCUCAGCAUAUCUCGAAUUUGCUUCCAUCGUUCGACACUAUUCAUCCCCAUUCCGAAGAUGAAUACACACGGAUCAACUCCAGCAAUGCAUCAGAUGCGGAAUCGGAUAACAGUAUCGAAGUGUCCACAAAACGGCCGCCAGGCAGGCCGAGAGGAUUAAAACCGAAGAAAAAUUCCACCAGUCAAGGAAAGCUUUGGGAGUUUAUUAGGGACCUGUUGCGUAAUCGCGAAACGUGUCCUAGUUUAAUCUGCUGGGAAGAUUAUUCGCAGGCGAAAUUUCGGUUCGUCAAGAGUGACGAGGUCGCGAAACGGUGGGGAUCACGGAAAGGAAAUACGAAGAUGACCUACGAAAAAUUGAGCCGAGCCAUGAGGUAUUAUUAUAAGAGUAAAAUCUUUCUUCCUGUACUUGGCCGAAGACUGGUCUACCAAUUCGGGCCUAACGCAAAAGGCUGGCAGACUGAUAACCCGAACUUCCGGUAUUAAUAUAUCAUCAACAACUUCCAGGAUUUAACAGAUUCUUUCGAAGAGUCAAGCUCUUGUAAAAAUUGUAUAGUUACCGAAGGCACAACGUUAUGCUGUUAUUCGGUAAAUAACUUCUACCCGUCAAGAUGUUCUGGUCGAAGCAUUUCAACCCUUCAAAGAAAGUAUUUUUGAUAAUGGACAGACAUGUGAAGCGUCGUUUCGAUUAAGAACUCUUAAAAGACUAAGAAGAAAAGAUCUAGUAUUAUAGAUGAUACACGCUGACUAGAUGUAAAUAACAUAAAGACAGUAUGAAUGCACGAAAAACGUCGUGAUUUCUCGUAUUUUUGUACGCGUGUUUUCCAUGUGAACCGGUGUAAGUGAGACACAAGUGUGAAUUGAAUUUCGUUACCUAAGGUUUUCACAGUUUUAUUUAACUUUAAGCAUAAUAGGUCGUUUACUUAUGUAAAAGUAUACAUAUAAUCAAGAAAGGCAAUAAUUCUCGUAAUUUACAAUCGAAUAAAUUCCUAUUACUUAU